AUGGUGUCUCCCGUCAAGGAUAUAGCGGCUCGGUACUUGAAUGCCCUUGAGGACCCUACGCCCUCGAGGCUACCGCUUAAGCCAUCGUUGAAGUACAACACCAAUGCCAAUUCAACUUCGCCAUUGAAGAAACACAACUCGCCUGACCUCGACGACUUGGCCCGUCAGAUGAAUAUCGAUACCACGCCAAAAACCACAAUCCUUAAAUCCAGACUUGAAACGCCCUCGGCUACGGUUUCUUCGUUCCAUACUACUCCUCGUUCUGGCUCUCGCUCGCUCAAGUCUCUGACUGAAGGCAGCACGCCAAAGGGAUCUCCUACUAAAGGGUCUCUCAAAAAGACUAAGGGGUACGAGUACCUUUGCAGAAUCCAGGCUAUCAAGAACUGGUUGGAGAUUGUCAUUGACGAACCUAUUUCUCAGUCUCCAGUGGAACUUAUGACAUAUAUUCAGAAUGGUAUCCACUUGGCUAAGUUGGCCAACAUCUUUCUUCCUCUGAAGAAACCUGUUUACACGAAGGAUGGCAGACUUGAAUUUAGACAUACGGAGAAUAUCAACAGAUUUUUCAAGCUUCUUGACUACUUGGAUAUCCCAGACCUCUUUAGGUUUGAGCUUACUGACCUAUACGAUGCCAAGGAUGUGCCUAAAAUUUGGUACUGCCUUCAUGCCAUGAGCUAUAAGAUUAACGGCUUGGAGCUGCUGUAUCCGCAGAUGCAGACUCUUGUUGAUAAUCUUGACUUUCCAGAAGGAGAUAUAAGAACUGCCAAUAGGGCUCUUGUGGGACGCAACUUGCCCAACUUUGCUUCUGCUGAUACCAACAAACCUGAAUCUCCAGGCAAAAGCUCUUACAUGAACAAAACGUUAAAGUUCAACUCCCCUACGAAAUCGCCUAUCCGCCGGUUUUCUGCUACAGAGGAAGAGAACCCAUUCAGAGAAGCUCCAAAACUCAGGCCCUCCAAGCCUUCAAUACAAUUAGACAAGCAGAUCGAGUCUCCCACCCGUGAACUGAGGUCUUCAAGCAUAUCCAGAAUACCCACUGACUUCAGCUUCAUCGACAAAAGCAGCAAGUACUACUCGCCAGAACUUGAAAGCCAUAUGCAUAAUAUCGUCAAACUUCAAGCACUUUCACAAGGUGCUCUAUUCAGAUAUAAGAUGUUCGUGGAUAGAAUCAUGCUCAAGUCGUUUGACAGUGAAUUGACUGAGUUCAACUCUAUAGUAAGAGGGGUUCUCUCCAGAAACAAGACCGUGCAUCGCCAUAGAGAUGAGUUGCUCUACUUCAAGAAGGGCAUUGUGAAACUUCAAGCUGUGGCCAGAACCAAACUAGUGAAGCGUGCAUCGGGUGUCUCUUUUGAUUAUGACCUGGAGACUAUGGUUAAGAACUUGCAAAGCUUUGUUCGUCGCCAUCUUGUUCAACUGAGAAUGUCUACUAUCAAAAACCAUCUUUCCAAGAAUGAAACCUCCAUAACCGAACUCCAAAGUGUUGCCAGAAAGAACCCUAUCCAUCUUCGUGUUUCCACAAUUAGUCAAAACAGAGAAGUUGUUGAAGAAAACCUCAUUGAGCUACAAUCUGCUGCUCGUACCAAGCUUUACCAUAGACACAAUAACAGAGAGGUUAUUGCUAAGCGCCUUGAUAUAAACUCCUUUGUCGAACUACAGUCUUUGGUGAGAGCCGGUCUUGUGAGAAACGUCAUCAGAUUCCAGCUUAGAGGCAUGGCCAGAGAAAGACCAGCUAUUAGAGAGUUACAAUGCAUUGCUAAGGGCGCUAUAUUGAGAACGAGACUCUGCAAUAGUGUCUUGGUCACUUUGAUCGGUGAGGAUAUGAAGAUGAAUGAACUUUUCGCUAAAGUUAGAGGUGACUCAGUUCGUCGUGAAUUCCAGUACAAGAAGGAUGUACUUAAUGUGGUUGAGAACUCCCAGAUUGUUCCUAUCCAGUCUGCUUUCAGAGGUAUUUUAUUACGUUUCCGUCGUGAUGUGGACUUGGACGAGAUUUAUGAUGAAAUUGAUUGUCUUGUCAAGUUCCAGUCGGCUUGCAGGGCCCUGGUAGUAAGAAAGGAUCUUGAGCAUAUGAAGCAACACUACGUUAAGAAUUCUCCACAGCUUAUCAAGGCUCAGGCUAUCUUACGAAGCAAGUAUACCCAGAAAGCUUACAGAGCUCUUAUCAAUUUGAAGACACCACCAGUGUCGGUUGUUCGUCGUUUUGCAUACUUGCUCUCUGAUAAUGAGAUUGAUUUCCAGGAAGAAAUGGAGUUGACUGAGUUCAAGGAUAAGAUUUUAGAGAAAUCACGCUCAAACGAAGAGUUGGAGCUGCAGAUUGAAAACUUGGAAAUUAAGCUAGGACUCUUGGACAAGAACAAAAUCACUUUGGAAGACUUCAUGAAGGGUGGUAACAAGUAUAAGGCGUUUGAGCCUCUGGCAAAGAAAGCUGCAAAUAUGAAGUGUUUGGAAAAACUCAACAAGAAUUCAAGAAGAAGAAUCGAGCUUUACCAGUCGAUGCUUUAUCUUUUGCAGACCAAACCAGCAUACUGGACAAGGCUUUUUGAAGGUCUUGACGCAGGUGAGAGAAAUAGACUUACGAAGAGUCUCCAUUUCCAUAUCUCCCUGUUGUUCCCAUUGAACUACUGCUCUGUCCAUUCUCAUACGAGAGAAGAAUAUUUCUUUAUGAAAUUCAUCUGUGACCUCAUGAAGGACGAUUUCUCCUCAAGAUGCAGAAAUAUUGCUGACAUUACGAAGCCAAAGAUGGUCUUCUGGAUUGACUACCUCAGCGAACUUAACAACAGCGUACAGCAAAGAUCCCACUUGAAGCACUUGUUUGGCAACAUCAUGCAGAAGGUAAUCAUGGAUGACGAACUCACGUUUGAGUCUGAUCCCUCUAAAAUCUACGUUCAGGCAAUGGAGAGAGAACUCAGAGUUUAUGGCUCUAGUUCUAAGAGGAGAGACAUCCUGCCUCAGUCUGCUAUUCGUGAUGAAGCUGUAUCUGCUGCUUUUGUUGAUAACUUGCUUUCGCUUAGAGAGUUCACUACGAAUACUAUUGAUACCAUCCAGUCCUCGAUCCAGCAGUUACCGCUUCAUGUGAGACUUUUGGCCAAAUAUGCUUAUGAUCUUUCUUGCGAGAACUUCCCUGAUCAGAAUGAUCAGCUGCACCUUGCUGUUGCCGGUGUGGUCAUUGUGAAGCAUUAUAUCUCCAGCAUCUUCGUGUUCCCUGAGAACUAUGGUUACUCAACCAAACUCCCUUACUCUAAACAGAACUCCAAGGUUGCUGAAAACUUGAAGAGCUUGAGUAGGGUGCUUCUCCAGACCUUCUCCAUGAGACCUUUCAGUGAUAACUUCUUGAAGCCCAUGAACGAAUAUGUGAUGUCGCAGGUCGAUAUCAUCAAGGGACUUAUCAAGAAAAUUAUCAAUGUCAAUGGUUUGGAGUCUGAAUACGAGAUGAAUGAGUAUGAUGAUAUUGUGGCAGUCAACCGUCCAACGUUAACGAUGAAGGUUAGUGACAUUAUCUCGUUGGAAAAGCUUGUUUCAAAGAAUCUCGAGUUUUCUGCUCCUAGUGUUGACGACCAGCUUUGUGCUGUUAUUUCAGAACUUGAUGAAGUCGUGAACUCUGCUGAUGAUUAUGUUACAUUGACUGAACUUGGCUCAGUCACUCUCAGCUUGAUGCCUAUCACGAAGGAGGAUAGUGUUGCAGAUGCUAAGAGCAGAACCCUCUUUGCUCAGGCUAAGAGAUGUCUUCUUUAUAUCUUGCGAGUCCAAGAAGGAGAAGACCUCCUUGAAUUGUUGAUCCAGGGUAUCAAGCCAGAACACGCUGAGAAGUUUAAGCUCAUUGUCGAAGAAGAGAAACUGGAGUCUUCCAAGCCAAAGACAAUGAUAAGAAGUGCUCCUUACCAGAGGUCUGCAACUAAGGAAAUCUCCCAAAUGACAUAUAUUGAGUUGAAGAAAUUGGCACUCAAGGUUAUCUUGCAGUUGGAGACAAUGGGAUACGUCACAAGAAAGAACUCUUUCCAGGAACUCCUCAACCAGCUUGUGCUUGACAUCAAGACCAAAGAUAAGCAAAGGGUUGCUAGAAAGUCACAGUUGCAAAUUGCCAGUAUGACUGUGAACAAGCUUACUGAUAAAGAGAAGUUCUUAUCAAGACAGCUCAAUGACUACAAUAAGCAUAUUGAAACUGUGCUUCUGGAAUUGCAGCUCAAGCCUAAGGAGAAGAAGAUCUUCAAUAUCAUUCCUGUUUUCAGCAAGCAGUACUUCUACCAGAGAGAGCUUAAGAAGAGUAACCGUCUUCCCAAGUUCGGCUCUUACAAGUACUCAGCGAAGAAGCUUAUGGAUCUGAAGACUUUGGAAGACUGUGGAGGUGCACUUCAGAAAGCUCACGCAUCCUCUUCAAAGCUUGAUUUCAUGUUCAGUUGCCAUAAGGUGGGAACGUUUGUUAUUGAAGCUGGGAAUGGAACUGUGACUAUUCCAGGAGCCUCCAAUACUGUUACGCUUGACGAAGUUUUGGACAAGCAGUAUGAACAGAAGAAGCAUUGGACCAUGUUUGAUGGAAUGGUGGUAUUCAACACCGACAACCUUGCAGCUCUUCUCUUUAAGAAAUUUUAUGACCUCAAGAGGGAUUAA